UUUGUCACGGCUGUGACCGGAAGACGUCAUGUUGUGUUCCGCUUCACUGAGCGGAAGUUUGUCCGGGUUUAACUUCCUGGAAAUAAACAUCAAAGCGAACUGAUCGGUACUGAUCUGUAACUGAUUAGACAUCAGUCACGAGUGGUUUGUUUACCCAGGAGUCGAACAGAACCGGUACCAGAACUAUCAGAAACAACUGUCUGCUACAGCAGCUGCUAGCUUAGCACAGUUAGCUCGGGUAAACGGACCGAACCGAACCGGAGACCAGCUUGUCCUCCACCAUGGGAGCCCAUCGCAGCGAAGGAGGCCGGGACUGGCUGGACCAGGACGGAACCGAACAGCCGGUCCAGAACCCGAAGCCGUGGAACCUGAUGAUCAAACAUCGACACGUUCAGAGACGAGGACGCCGCUCACACACCACUGUCAGUUCUUUGAAAAGGCAGCAGAGAACGUGAAGGAGAACAUGGGAGAAGAUGUUCAGAAGGAUCAGCUGAUCAGGGAGGUCUGCAGGAAUGCUCUGGAACACGCCAAACAGCUGUUUCCAGAGGUAGAGGGGAAGAAGGCGGGGCCAGAUGUCACCAUGAAGAGAUCCAGACCUGCUGAUGAAGACUAUGGUCACAGAGGAAGCCCACUUCCCAAGAAGAGGAAAAGCCGUCCAGGUGCCAUCAUGUCCUCUGAUCGCCCUGUGACCUUUUCUCUAGUGAAGCCAAAGGCUGAACCAAUCAAGAGGGAGGGGCCAAAGGGCACUCGGAAUGGGCGGGACCAGAGGACGGAUCUACAUCAAACACGCCGACCUGUUCAAGUAUGCAGCAGAUGCAAAGGAUAAGCAGUGGUUAGCAGAGAGACAUCACAUGAGGGCGACAGGAGGAAAGAUGGCCUACCUGCUGAUUGAAGAGGACAUUCAGGACCUGGCUUGCAGUGAUGAGUACAGGGACUGUCCUGACGUCAGGAUGGACGAGCUGAAGCCCUUCACAGUUCCUCCAUGGAUGGUGGAGAAGAUGCAGCGAGCCAUGGAGGCGCAGAGAGACUGUGACCCCUGAAGGUGCUGUGAGCAGAGGCUCUGAGGCUGCACUUCCUGUUUUUAUUUUUUUACACAAACAAUAAAAUCUGUUUUCAGUCUU